AUGUGUUUUUUCUUCACAGAUCGAGUGUUUGGGUGUCCCUUGUUGGCACUUUGUGAGCGGGAAGGGACCACUGUGCCAAAUUUCGUCAGGCAGUGUGUGGAGGCCGUUGAAAAAAGAGGUUUAGAGGCUGAUGGCAUCUACAGAGUGAGUGGUAAUCUUGCCACCAUCCAGAAGUUACGAUUCUUGGUUGACCAAGAGGUGGAAUUUAACCUGGACGACAGCCAAUGGGAGGACAUCCACGUUGUCACCGGGGCGCUCAAGAUGUUUUUUCGGGAGCUGCCAGAGCCGCUGUUUCCCUUCCCAUUCUUUGAGCUGUUUGUGGAGGCCAUCA